AGUGCCGGUGUACAGUGCACGCGCAGCGCGCUCGCCCUCUCCUCGCUUCUUGCAGCGCCGGGCGGAUAAAGCGCCAUUUUGUUGUGGCUUGUGCGUUUUGAACGGGUUUUGUGCUUUAUUAUUUCUCCCACCACCCCCCUCGCAAGAAUGACGGAGAAUAUGUCUGUGGCUGACCCGGUUUCAGCCGCGGUUCCGGAGGUUCGCAAGUUGGCCGAGCUGAGAGUGAUCGACCUGAAAGCCGAGCUGAAGAAACGAAACUUGGAGAGCAACGGGAACAAGAGCGCUCUGUCGGAGAGGCUGAAGAAGGCUAUUGAAGAGGAAGGUGGAAACCCUGACGAGAUAGUAAUUGCAGUCGACGCAGUUGUGAAGAAGACUCCCAAACGAGCUAGCAAGGGGAGGAAGCUGGAAGAUGAAGGAGCUGAAGAUAUUACUAUGGAAGAAGAUUCAGGAGAUGGACAGGAAGACAUAGAAGCAAGUUUAGAAAACAUGCAAGAUAUGGAUAUACUUGACAUGAACGUCCUUGAUGAAGCUGAGAUUGACAAUGGUAUUUUGAUUCAUUGUGAUGAAUAUGAUGCUGAUCAGGUCCUGGACUCUCUUUCUGCUGCUGUGGAGGCAGAAGAUGCAAAGACUCCAAAGAGCCCCUCCAAAGAGAAUGAGCCUGCUUCCAUCCCAGGAGUGGAACCAGAACUGGCUAGUGACUGUGUGAAGGAGGAAGUUGGUGGCGGCGUCUCAGUUGAAGAUGAUGAUUUGCUGUCUGAACAGCCCAAACAGGAAUGUGAAGACCACACUGCGGAAACAGAAAAUGAGAAAGUAGCUGGGUCUUGUAAAUCUGAGCCACUUAAAGAAGACCCACAGGAGCAGCCGCCUGCGCAAGACUCGACCGCCUCUGAGACGGCGCAAAAAGUUGUGGAGGACGACCAUGUUUCAGUUACCGUUCAGGCAGAGGACGCCCUUGCUCUCGAUUCAGAAAGCGAAACUCGUGACAAAGAAAAAGCCGACUCUGAGCUGGUUGUUACUGAUUUAAAGGACGUAGAUAAUCAAAAUGUUGAAGAGAAAAUGGACACAGAAGCUGUAUCCGCAGGAAACAUCCAAGAUAUUAACUUAAGCGUACAGGAUUCAGAACAAACUGAUAAAGAAAUUACCAUUGCGUCCGAAAAAGAAUCAAAAUCGGAAGUUGACAAGAACAAGGAAGAAGCAGAGAAGACAGAAGAGAACCUGAAUACUGGUGACUCGGCAGCUACGAAAGAGUCCUCUUCUGUUGAGGGCGCUGAUCAGAAACAGAGCUCUGACAAGGAGGAAAAAGAUACUAGUACUCAGUCAAAAGAUGAGAAAGGUAAGUUGCUAAUGAUUUAA